CAAAUUUGCGAACGUGCUUCUGAAGUUCGCAGAAUUCUUUCCUAGUGUCCAGGGUGACUCCCGUGGGGGGUCAAGAAAAACCUCAGAGGAAUGUUUCCUUUUUUUUCGCGACAGUUCGGAGUUUCUGUGACAGCUGGGCUCUGCAGCUCCACCCAUUUGCUUGAUCCUAGCGGACUGUUCUCCGGUCUGCUGUGUAUCAAGCAGUGCAGUCAUCUACAGUAUCACUGAAACAUCAGCUGAAGGAUGCAUUUCAAGCAGCAAGUCGUAACUGGCACUGAGUAAAGCAAGCAACAAACUGAAUUUGCUUGGGGUCACCGGCCGCAAAAACGGUUCAUUUGAUACCUUGAAGGUUUGGAAGAAACCAAGAUAAUUCCAAGUGGGGAACACUGCUAGACCCGUCUGUAUACAGUACGCCGGGUGACUCUGAGCUCGUCGGGGAUGCGGGCAGCUUGAGAAUGGGCAGGAGGGAAGCCGGUGACAGCGGUAUGAGCGUUAGCGGAGAGACGGAACUGGGGAGCCUCCAGGGCAUCACCUCGCCUGCCGGAGGCUCAGCUCUGGACAGGCACCUGCGCCCGUCCGAACCCCUGCGCGCCCCGGCAGGGGUGAGGAAGCAUCAGCACAAACACAACCUGAAACCCAGGUACGAAGUCCUGGAGACGCUGGGGAAGGGCACCUAUGGAAAAGUGAAGAGAGCAGUGGAGAGGGGGACUGGGAAAACCGUGGCCAUUAAGUCCAUCCGGAAGGAGCGCAUCACUGAUGACCUGGACCGCGUGCACAUUCAGAGAGAGAUCGAGAUCAUAUCCUCCCUGAAACAUCCCAACAUCAUCUGCAUUUAUGAAGUGUUCGAAAACAGGGACAAGAUUGUGAUUGUGAUGGAGUAUGCCAGUCGGGGUGAGCUGUACGACUAUGUCAGCAACCGGCGCAAACUCCCUGAAACAGAGGCUCGCCACAUCUUCAGGCAGGUCACCUCAGCUGUGCACUACUGUCACAAGAACGGUAUCGUCCACCGUGAUCUCAAACUGGAGAAUAUUCUUCUGGAUCAAGACUAUAAUGUCAAGCUGGCAGAUUUUGGCCUGUCGAACCAUUACCACAAAGACACAGUGCUGCAGACAUACUGUGGGAGCCCUCUGUACGCUUCUCCAGAGAUUGUCAAUGGACGUCCUUACCAAGGCCCUGAGGUAGACUGCUGGGCUCUGGGUGUACUGCUUUAUGCCUUGCUGUAUGGCAGUAUGCCUUUUGACAGUGAAAACUACAGGACACUGACAGAGCAGAUCAGCCAGGCUAAAUACAAGAAACCACAGUGUCCCUCAGAUGCCUGUGGACUUAUUGAUUGGAUGCUGACAGUGACUGUAGAAAAGCGAGCGACCAUAGAAGACAUUGCUAAUCAUUGGUGGGUAAAUUGGGGGUUUGAGGAGUCGGUGUGCGACUGCGCCUCUGCACAAGACUGCCACUCUCCUUUAUUGGCACGCUACAUUGACUGGCAGAACAGGCCCAAUGCCAGCACUACCCAGGGAUCGCCGGAGCUUAAUAUUUUUUUCAGCUUCCCUCUAAAACCCACUGGUGCCGGGGCUCAAGGGGUCACAUGCCUAAAGAAAUCCAAAAAGGAGAACGACAUUUCUCAACCCGCUACUUUCAUUCCAGAGGUGGACAAGAAACCAAAGGGCAUCCUGAAAACCAGGAGCAGCUUUGAUUCAGCUUUUCUCUCAGAUGCUACUGGGGAUGGUCUUUCACAACCCAGUAGCCAAUCAAAUGGACAUCAAACAGCAUCGCAUACAGCCUGCUCUGAGAGCCUCCCUAAUUCUUGUCAGCCUUCUUCCAAAAUACCAAAGAAGGGUAUCCUGAAAAACCUGCACCAGAGGGAGUCAGGGUACUCCUCUUCCCCAGAGAGGGGGGACUUUGUAGAGGGUUGUAGGGUGAGUGACGCAAAGAUGGGGAAAGAGGAGCCCCAAACAAGGGGGAUGGUGGCUCGUCGGAAGAAGGGGAUUCUCAAGAGGAAUGGAAAGUUUUCAACCAGCUUAGACCUGCCUGACAACUACUCCACCCUGCAGUUCUCAGAGGACGUGCAGCCCUUGAUCUUCUCCGUUGGGUGCAGGGGGCAUCAGCAGGCUCCAGCCCAUAGCCGGUCACCCAGCGUCAUCAGCGAUGACAGCCUUCUCUCCAGCGACUCCUUUGACCUCCUGGAUUUGGCCGCUCAAACCAAAAGGCGCCUCUUUGCGCAGAGCGAGCAUCACGAUGUUUACAGCUCCGAGGAAGAGCUGGAGAACCCGCGGGGUAGAGGCGAGUACGGGGAGGGCAAGCUGGAGGAGGAGAUUUCACUGAAGGAGGGAAAGGAGCUCUGUCGUGAGGCCCAGGUGAUCAGUAGCAAUUUAUAGCAUUAGACCCCAACCUGGACAGAUCCAGGUUGUUCAGACUGGACUGAAGCAAAAAAAGUGGGAAGGGUCUGUGAGGCAAACUGUAGUAGAGCCCUUUACUCAUUUCCAAUUUCCAAUUUCUGACAUGCACAGGUGUUGUCGGUUGAGUAGUACAACUACAAAAUAUCAAGGAAUUGAAACAAAAUCAACCCUACUCUUCACUGGUGCAACAUCUGUGAUUUAAAAUCUUUGUUUUGAUCUUUUGUUAAAGCUUUAAAGAGAUUACGAUAUAUUACACUAUUCUACAAUAGCACUUGGCCAUAUUUAGUAUUUUUCUUGACAUAAGUGAGGUACAACAUUAAAGUCCGUAUCUCAUUUAGUUUGACUCUAAAUGGGAUAUGAAUUGUACAGUGCAGGAAUUGCGUGCAAGUAUGUUUUACCUUUCACAUAUGGGCUUUACAGAUUUAUAUUGUAUGCCUUUCUGUACUGUAAAAUCUCAUCACAAGUCAGUUUGCAUCAGUGCACAUUUUUCAAUCUCCCACAAAUGAAUGUUAAAAGUAUACAAACAUUUACUGUACUGUAUAUGAAUUGUUAAAUACUGUACAAAUAUGACUAAAAUGAAGAGACUUUCAAACAAAAAAUCUGAAUUACAUUUAACAUUGUUUGUAUAAAUUUCCAAAGGCUAUUCAGUCAUUUUGCACACCUUGACCUUACAUACUGUAAUUUUGAAAUGCUAAAAUGAAUUAUCAUUGUCGGUGUCUAUCUCUGUCUCCAGGCACAUUAUUAUACUUUUGACCAUGGGUGUUAGAUAAGUCACUUUAAAUUGAAUAGACUAUGCCAUGUAUUAUUUUAAUUGAAGAAAAAAUGAAAUCCUGUAUUUUUAUGUUACAUACAGUACAAGGCGACAUGAACAGCUAAACGCAAUGAAGUGUUGUUCUAGUUGUUAAGAUGCCCUGUCUUCAGAAGGAGUAUUGAUUUCCAAGACGUAAGCAAUUACUGUAGGUUCAUGAACUCUUACUGAAUUCAGUCUGACAACCCUUUGAUGGACCAUAAUUGACUAAAAACUGGACUGUGUAAUAGAAGUGGAAAAUCUGAAUUAGAAAAAUGUCUGUUUUCAUACAGCUGCAUAGACAAAAUAAAUACUGUAUAAAUACAAAUUAAUGUUUGUGUAAAACAAACAUUUUUACUGUUCCAAAAGGAAUUGCAGAUUACCAUCUUGAGAACAAAAUCCUCAACUGCUAUAAAAACUAUACAUUUUUUAGAAUUUCUUGUUAAAGUUUACUUGUUUUUUUGUUGUGAAAUAAAAAUACAGCACAGCUGUAAAGAAAAUGAAGCUAUAUCUGUAUGGCAACUGGAAGGAAAGAAUAGUGUUUGAGUGGAAGAGGGAGUUAUACAUUUUUGCUAAUAUAUAUUUUCUGUUUUGUUAUGUAGAAAUUUUUAAUUUUUGUGUUGGAGUGUUUGGUAUUGUAAAUAAAUGCUUAACAAUAAAGAGGGAAAUGUGUUUUA